AUGGCGGCGAAAGCGGAUUCUGAUUCGAAGACCGCCGCGGCGCUGAUCCGCGCGGGGUCGAAGAUUGAAGGCGUCGGUGCGCCAGGCAAAGACUUCUUCGUCUGGAGCACGCAGGGACCGGCGGUCAAAAAAGACCCCGAUCUUCUCUUCAGUCUCUGCCAGGUUCUCCCGGGCAGCACAGAACAGACGCUGAAGCUUAAGCAGGUCGAACCCGCGGGAGACGAACAGGAACUGAGUGUUCCGGCUAAGGACGUCUGGCAGGCGAACCGCGGCAUCGACCCCCUCACCUACGGAGACAUUGGCAGUCUCCCGCACACGAACAUGCCGUGCGUGUUGGAUUUCUUGGCGAAGCGGUAUGCGCAGAACGUGAUUUACACGACAGCGGAGCCGCUGGUGGUCGCGGUCAACCCGUUCCACGACCUGAAGAAUGCAGGAGCCGAUGCGAUUACGCUCUACCGCGACGCCCCCGACGUGGACAAGCUCCCUCCGCACGUCUUCUACGCGAGUCGGCGCGCGAUCACGAAUCUGCAUCAGUUGAAGAAGUCGCAGACGAUCAUUGUUAGUGGAGAGAGUGGCGCCGGAAAGACCGAGACGACCAAGAUGGUCAUGCGCUACCUCGCGACGAGUCGCAGCGGCAACUUGGACCAGAAGAUCCAGACAGCCAUCAUGGCGGCGAAUCCCGUGCUUGAGGCCUUUGGAAACGCAAAGACCGUGCGAAACAACAACAGCAGUCGCUUCGGGCGCUUCAUGCUUCUCGACGUUGCCAAAGAGGGAGGCAUCCAACACGGCAAGGUCGUCGCCUUCCUCCUCGAAAAAAGCAGAAUCGUCAGUCAGGACAACGACGAACGAAGUUACCACAUCUUCUACCAAUUCGUUAAAGGCGCGCCUCCCUUCAUGCGACAGAAGUACCUCCUCCAGCCGCUCGAUAGCUACGCCUUCAUCAACUCCCACUGCCUUGACGCCCCCGGCAUCAACGACGAGGAUGACUUUGAGCAGGUCGUCAAGUCGUUCGAGUCGAUGAACCUGACGGAAGCCGAGACGUGCACAAUCUGGUCUCUCGUGUCUGGCGUUCUUCUCUUGGGAAAUGCCAAGCCAACUGGAAAGACAGAGGCUGGGGUUGAGAACGCAGCCUCAUAUGUGGGAGAGUCUGAGGUGGCGCUAAAGAACGCCUGCGGCCUCCUGUUUCUCGACUUCUCCAGCAUUCUCCACGAGCUCACCGUCAAGACGACUUACGCAGGAAACAACAAGGUUGAGAGCCGGUGGACUGCGACCGAUUCGGAGAUGCUGCGGGCGUCUCUGGCGAAGGGCAUCUACGAACAGCUCUUCCUGUGGAUUAUCCGCAAGCUGAACGCACAUAUUGAGCCGAAGGGAGGAGCUUUCGACGUCUUCAUGGGUCUGCUGGAUAUCUUCGGUUUUGAAGUCUUCCAGCACAACUCCCUCGAGCAGCUCUUCAUUAACAUCACGAACGAAGUCCUUCAGAGGAAUUUCACGGAGGUCGUGUUUGCAAAGGAACUCGAGCUCUACGCAAAGGAAGGCAUCGGAGCGAAGAAGAUCGAAUACACCACCAACGAGAAGCUCAUUGAAACGCUCAUGGGAAAAGGCACUUCCAUUUUGGCUGCCCUAGAGGACCAGUGCAUUUCUCUGUCUGGCAACGACGAGAAGUUCUGCGGCGGCAUGAGCAGCAAGCUGUCGGGAAACCCGUGCUUCGUCGCCUCCAAGAACACCAAGAGUCUCGACUUCACCAUCGUGCACACGAUUGGGCGCAUCACUUACAACGCCAACGGCUUCUGCCUCAAGAACAAGGACGUUCUGCGGUCGGAGAUCAUCGAGGUCACGCGCGCGUCAGGCAACGAGGUGGUUCGCGGCCUGUUUGAGGGCGUGAAAGUCGAGAAGGGCAAGAUGCCUAAGGGGCUUCUCAUCGGCAGCCAGUUCUCGACGCAGCUGAAGGGCCUGAUGGAGACGAUUCAAAAAACAGAGUCGCACUUUAUCCGAUGCAUCAAGCCAAACGACGACAAGGUCCCCCAGAAGUGGGUUAACAGCAAGGUCUUGAUUCAGCUGCAUGCGCUCUCGAUUCUCGAGGCGCUCGAGCUCCGUCAGCUGGCCUUCUCGUACCGACGAUCGUUUCAGGAGUUUGUGGAUCAGUUCCGCUUCAUUAAUUUGGAGGCGUCGAGCAAGGCGGGCAACGACGCGAAGGCAGUCUGCCUUGAGUUGCUCAAGAGCACCCAGUUAGCUGCAGAUGAAUACGCCUUGGGUCACACUAUGGUCUUCUUGAAGCCGCAAGCAGCGAAGCUGCUCGUCCGCCUGCAGCGCGAGGCGCUCUCGGCCUGGGAACCGCUGGUUAGCGCACUCGAGGCGAUUACUGUCUUCAAGCGAUCCCGCAAGAUCUUCGUCGAUCGUGCGUUGCCCGCGACGCGUAUCUGCGCAAAUGUUCGCAGAAAGCUGGUUCAGGCAGGCAUCAGCGUCUCUGCGUAG